AAUGCUUAAUGUUGAUGUUUAAUUUUGAGAAUGUCAUGACUGCAAAAAUAAUUCUGACCAACGUUGUGUUAUUUCUGCAAGUCAACCCCUAAUGUUGUUCUAAUUCAUGUCAUUUCUGCCCAACGGUGUUUGACAUAGAAUAAGAAAUUUAUGGCAUGUUUAUUUUAUAUGCAUGCAAUUUUACUAAUGAAUGUCCAUGUCAAAUUUCAGCUUCCGCUGCGAUGCGUUAUGAUGCUGUCGAGCAGUUGACCGGCAGCAACUUUCCUCGUUGGAAGAACUCCAUUGAGCUAUGUUUGGCUUUCAACGAGUUUGAUUAUGCCUUAAGGGAGGAUAAGCCCGUGGCGCCAGUUGCUGGUGCUACGGGGUAUGAUGAACUAAAGAAAACUUAUGACUCCAAGAUGGAGAAGUGGGACAAAUCCAAUCACGUUGCAAUGCUCGUGAUGAAUUCUUCCAUUUCACCUGAGAUUAUUGGGGCUCUCCCCAAGAAAGAUACUGCUAAGGAAUUUAUGGAAGCCUUGGAGGAGCAAUUCAAAGGCUCCGAAAAGGUUUAUGCUCAUGAGCUUCUUCACAAGCUACUUGGCAAGUAUAAAAAUGAUGGUGAUGUUAGGGGACACAUACUGAGAAUGAUAAAUGCUUCAAAUAAACUGAAGCACCUAAAGUGUGAGCUCAGUGACAACCUCCUUAUCAUCAUGAUCUUGGAGUCCCUCCCUGAAGAGUUCGAUCAGUUCAAGAUCAACUACAAUUCCAUGAAGGAGAAGUGGACACUUGCUGAGAUAUCCCCUCGGAUUGUCCAGGAAGAAGAAAGGAUGAUGAGGCAGAACAAGGAUCAGGCUUUUCAUGUUGGCUCCUCAAAGAGAAAGCAUGACGGGUCAGGCCCUUCAAAGUCGCCAAAGAAAACCUUCAAGAAGGAAAUGCCAAAGUUUAAAGGAAAGGAAAAGGAUAAUGGACAGUCUUCAGAGCCUACUGAUAAUGUGUGUUUCUUUUGUAAGAAGGAAGGCCAUUACAGGAAGGACUGUCAUGAAUACCUCAAGUGGAUGAUGAAGAAAGGGAUUAAAUUUGAUCCAAACCGUAACAAGCGGGGCAAGACGACUUAGAGUUGCAAAUGGAGUUGAAGUUGAUGUUGAAGCUGUUGGGUCACUCACCUUGGAGCUCCACACCGGCUUUCACCUUCAUUUAAAUAAUGUUCUUUAUGUACCUACUUUAAGUAGGAAUUUGAUUUCAGUUUCUUGUCUCGAUGAUAACAUGUUUGAGUGCAAGUUUGGCAACAAACAAUUUGUUUUAAAUUAUUGUAAUAAAGAUGUUGGCCUCGGUGUCAGACGAGGCAAACUAUAUAUGUUAUCUAUGAAUGAUUAUGUUUUGCAUGUGAGUAAU